ACGGCGGCGCGCACGUCUGGCGCAAAAGGGUCUGUUUUGGGAGAAGAACGGAAGAUGGCGACCUCAAACAAUCCGCGGAAAUUCAGCGAGAAGAUCGCGCUGCACAACCAAAAGCAGGCGGAGGAGACGGCGGCGUUCGAGGAAGUCAUGAAAGACCUGAGCAUUACUCGAGCUGCGCGGCUGCAGUUACAGAAGACCCAGUAUUUGCAACUGGGCCAGAAUCGUGCUCAGUGCUAUGGAGGUUCACUGCCCAAUGUCAAUCAGAUUGGAAAUAGCAACACUGACCUGCCUUUUCAGACUACAGUUCUGGAUACUAGUCGAACGACUCGGCACCACGGCCUGGUGGACCGCGUGUAUCGAGACCGAAAUCGGAUCACGUCCCCUCACCGCAGGCCUCUGUCAGUGGAUAAACACGGGCGCCAGAUAUCCUUCGCUUAUUGUCUCGCUGGUGCGGAGAAUUCCAUGGAGACUUACAUCGACAGCUGUCCUUAUGGCUCAGUGUAUCUGUCACCUCCCCCGGACACCAGCUGGAGGAGGACCAAUUCUGACUCCGCGCUACAUCAGAGCGCCAUGAAUCCGGCGCAGCAAGACACUUUCGUCGGAGGAUCCCAAGAACUGCAGCCUAAACGAGUCGUCUUGCUCACACCCCCAGAUACAGAUGAACCUGAAACAGAAAUGGAAAAAGAUGACCAGAAGGCAUCACUACAUCCCAAAUCACAUGAUGUUCCAGGGAUUAACAUAUUCCCAUCCCCUGAUCAAGAAGUGAACGCCACGUUGAUGCCGGCCACACACAGCGCAGGCGGCUCUUUGCCCGACCUCACCAACAUCCAGUUCCCUCCUCCCCUUCCCACUCCUCUGGACCCGGACGACCCCGUGACCUUCCCAUCCCCCAACACAUCCAACAGUACAGGCAAUCUGAGCACCAACCUCACCCACCUGGGCAUCAGCGCUGCCAGCCAUGUGGCUGCCUCCAGCCCUGUCCCCACUGCGCUCACGCUCAACAUUGAUGCCCAGCAGCAGCAAUCGUGCCCACAACAACUCUCACCGACUCUCUCUCCCACCCUCUCACCUCAGAUGCCCAUUUCUCAGACAAUUGCGAUGGACAGCAUGUCUCUGGAGCAGCAGCUGUCACAGUACUCACUGCUCAGCCUGCUGAACGAUCUGCAGAAGCAGCAGCAGACACUGCCACAGAACAUCCGCCUUAUUCAGCUGCCGCCAAUCACCGUCAGCUCCAGCCAGCCCCAGACCUCCUUGUCCAGCCAAUCACCAACAGCCACAAGCGCACCAGUCAGCUCGUAUCGCAAUCAGACUGGCUCUCCGGCCAACCAGUCUCCAACCUCACCAGUCUCCAACCAGGGCUUCUCGCCUGGAGGCUCGCCUCAACACAUUCCAGUGGUGGGGAGUAUUUUUGGCGAUUCGUUCUACGAGCACCAGAUGGCGUCCCGACAGACCAACGCUCUUUCCCACCAGCUCGAGCAGUUCAACAUGAACAUGAUCGAGAACCCGAGCAGUUCAAACAGCCUGUACAAUGCAUGCACUACGCUCAACUACACGCAGGCAGCCAUGAUGGGCUUAUCUGGGAGCCACGGCAACUUGCAGGACUCCCAGCAACUAGGCUACAGUAACCAUGGCAACAUUCCCAACAUCAUCCUAACAGUGACGGACGAGUCUCCACCAAGUCUCUCGAAGGAGCUGAGCAACUCGUUGGCCGGCGUGGGCGAUGUCAGCUUCGAUGCAGACUCUCAGUUCCCGCUGGACGAGCUAAAGAUCGAUCCUCUGACCCUGGACGGGCUGCACAUGCUUAACGACCCAGACAUAGUGCUGGCCGACCCAGCCACAGAAGAUACGUUCCGCAUGGACCGCCUGUAACGCAAGUGAACUGAGGGGGAAAAAAAAAAGAAAAGAAAAGAAGCUCUCUGAACAGGAGGAGGCUGGAGACUUACUCAUUGUGCAGCUGCAUGGCCACCCGGUUUUCUCAUUGCACCCGCGGCCCUCGCUGCUCCUCCCCUUCAUGGCAACUACAAUAGCAUCCUGCCAACAUCAAUGCCAACGUCCGGGGAAAAAGAGGCACUCAAGCACAUAGAUGGAUGUGACAUUGCUAUAUCCACGCUGGCUAGCAACGUGAGGAGGCUAGUCCUGAACCACAUCCGUUGUGCAAGUGUCUCUACACCCCUCUUUUACACCUCCACGUUGCGUUGCUUUUAAUUUUGUUCGUUCCUGUUUGUUUCUUUCAUGUGGGGUGAUAGUUGCCUUUUUCUCAUGUCAUUUUCUGUUUUAAUAUUUAUUCUGGUUUAAAGAAAAACUGUGUGUGUGUGUGUGUGUGUGUGUGUGUGUGUGUGUGUGUGUGUGUGUGUGUGUGUGUGUGUGUGUGUUUAUUUAACCUCCUGACCAAGAUAGCUUUCCUCCCCUCCCAUAAAUCUUUAUUUUUACAUGGCGUUCAAAUUCCCUAUUUUGACAAUUUUUUGUCUCGGUUUGUUUAUUUAUGUACGAGUUUGUGUUCCUGUAUAUUUUACAGACAAAUUGUUUACGUAAAAGAUACCAUGUGUCUUUUUAGACUUGUAUGUUUUGUGUAUUUGUGUUAAAUCUAUAUAUUUAAAGUUUGCAAUUA